AAACACUUAGACAAAACAAUACACAAAAGACUCACCAGUGGAACGAACACUGGCUCUUUUGAUUCACCUAAAAUUCGGUCUUGCGAUGGACGCCGACAGCGGACAAAUCAUCCGAGUCUCUUGCAGCGAAGCCUGGAAAUCACAUUUGAGAUUUCAAUAUGAUAAACAACAGCGGCGGCAAUAGCUGUUUCCUAUUUGCUUAUUGCGGUUGCUUUCCAUGUGCUUUAAAUAAUGCACUCACACAUGACUGGCUGCUUUUGGUUGAGCUCAGAUUUACUGGAGCCAAGCUGAAAACUGAACCCACUUUCCAUUUCUUUCCCAGAUAGAUCUCUCGUUCGUCUUAAGGGGGGUUUAAUGAUUGAACACGUUCGCCGUGACUUAUUUCCACAUAGUUGGGGGCAGAGCGUCAUAGUUUGCCCCCAGGUACCUGAGCGGAGCGGGGAAGGCCGUUGGCACGCGCUCCAUUAAGUUUCACAGAAUUUGCCUCAGCCGGCGGGAAGAAUGUCGAGAGGUGUGUGCUUACACAAUCACAUGCCUCGCUCGGCAUUCCUCAGUCCGCCGCGCGGUCGUGUUGAAACCCUUUUGCCUCCCCGUUCUCAGCUUUCUGUGCCGAGAGAUGUUUGUUUUCCCCCUGCUCGCCGAGUGCACCGCGUCCACAUGAUACAUCUGCCGCUUACAGGUGGCAAACUGAGCCUCUGUCAGCAGCAUGGGACAGCAUCUAGGAAAGAGGGAGACGCCUGCAGACAGCAAGGCUUCAUCACCUGAACCCAAAGCGACAGCAGCAGCAGCAGUAACACCAAAGGAAGCAGCCGAGCCCGAAUCACCGGAUGAAGUUUUUGGCCUGAUCGAGGCAGAUGUGAGGCAGAACAAUGGCUGCGUCUCGGAGAAGCCGGCGGUGACUGACUCCACAGGCGCUGAGGGCCCCCGCCAGCCCUGGAGCCCGGCCAGCACAGCUGACCCUGACGCCGCCACGCCACGCCCCCACCUGGUCCGCCUCUUCUCCCGAGAUGCCCCGGGCCGCGAGGACAACACCUUCAAAGAGCGACCCUCGGAGUCGGACGAGCUGCAGACCAUCCAGGAGCACAGCGGAGCGGCGUCGGAGUGCGGGUCGGAGAGCCCCGAGCAGGACUUAGAAUAGGCUGACUUUUUUUU